AACUUAGCUAUUCCUGUUAGAAUUACACAGAGGCAAAAUUACCACCACCGUAAUUCUAAUAAUACUUCAAAUAUCAACUCAAAGAGACGAAGUAACUUGGUACCUAUUAAUUUAACAUCCACAAGAAAAGUUCCUUCGAGAGAGUCGGGUUUUGCUGUUCCUAAGUUUAUGUUUAUCAAUAUAUGUAGUUUGGCAAAUACAAAAAAUCGAGUACGAGCUGUAGUUGCACUGGAGGCAGACUUGGUCAAUAACGAUAUAGAUAUAUGUGUGGUGAGCGAGA